CUGGAGCCCUUUGUGAUGCGGCCCGGGUCUUACUCCAUUCUGCCGAAGGGAACUCCAAGGGCUCAGUUGCCUGCGGGCGACAGUGAGAUUCGUCUGAUGGAGCAUCAGCUCCUUCCUCCGCAGAGUGCCCCUGUCCCGUGGCAGAGAUCCAGCUGUGCUUCCUGGAGCACAGACCUUGUCCUUCUCUUACUGUUUGGACUGGGGCUCUUCUUCCUGUUUCUGGUCCACAGCACUCCAUCCUCACGACCUCCUAAGAAAAAGGGGACCAUCAGGAAGGGUCAAGUGCAGACCAGGAGAAGGACCAACAGCAGGAAGAAGAGCAGAGCUCUGAAAGCCUGCAGAGACUGCUUGGAGAAACUGAAGGAGGCUCGAGGGCUCGUUUCCCUUCUGCAAAGCCACCUGGGAAAGCUCCCUGACGACAGCGCUUCUCACCUUCUGUGUCGGGACCUCCAGGGAGAUGAACGCAAUCCAGCCCCUGCUGGGGGCCACCAGCCUCAUGGGGAGCCCGAGGAAGAUGCUUCUCCUGUCACCUCGUCCCCACUGCCUUCCCCGGCUCUGCUGACCCAGCACCCUCCUCCCCCGGCCUCCCGCCCGUCAGAAGGACCUCAACAAGUCCAGUCCGACGUGAAGAGCACCCCGGCAGGCCCUGUCCCAGACAGCGCCCCUCCAGGUAACUCCUGCUUGGCCUCUCUCGGCACGGCCACCUCGGGCUUGGACCGCGUAAGCGGCUCCAUUGCAUUCUUCUCCUGGUGGUGGCCGACCGCCAAGGCCUUGCUCCUGUUCACCUCACCACAUGGCAGAGGCCGGCAAGAGCCUCUUUCCCAGCACCCACCAGAGGCCUCGCCCUGGGGAGACGCCGCACGCGGGCAGGCAGAGGCUGGCGGCCCUCCUUUCAUCAGCCCUGAUGGCCAGAGGCUGCUAGAAAUCCUCAUCUCCAGGAGAGCAGGCCUGAUGCUGAAGGCAGAAGAGAAGACGGGGUCCCUGCUGGGCCAGAUGCGCCCAGGCUGCCUCCUGAGUUCUCUGGGGGCUCUCUUGAGGUCCCUGAGCAGCAAGCAGGCCAGCAGCGCCCCACAGCUCUUCUGGAGACCACGGCACCAAUGCACACAGCUGCAGGGGCCUCCGCGGCUCUCUGCCCCCCAGGUCUUUGGGGACCACUUAGAGAAGAAAUGUAGCCAGCUCUUCUGGGGCCUCCCCUCUCUGCACAGCGAGUCACUAGUGGCUACGGCCUGGGUUUCUAAGGGGCCCACCCUUUCAAGAGCUCCCACGGUUAGGUUCAAUGUUGAUGUUAGUUCUUCUCCAGUUCAAACUCAGUCCUCAGACCCUCCACAGCUUUCCCAGGCUCAGCCCUUGCCCCCUAACCCUUUGGCCCAACCCCAAUCUUUGACCGAAAACUUCCCCUUUCGUCUAGUUCAGGUCCAUACCCAGCCCCAGCUCCCUUGCUCUUUCCCAAGCCUACCAAGCCCCUCCCUACACAAGGGUGGGACCUGUAGAUCGUCCUGCCCCACCUCCCAGGAUAAGGCUCGCUCUAUCAUCCCAACUGACAAUCAAGAAAUGGAUUGGCCUUUGCAGAUGCCACUACAACGGAAGUGGGCUGCUCGCUCUUUUCUCCAAAACCCUCAAGAAGGUGCUGGCCAACCCACACCCAGCCUCCCCCAGGGCAGCUGGGCCUCCCAAACCUGCCAGUGCGAGGCAAAUAACAGGUGUGACUCAUGUCAGUCCUCCCAGCCCUCUGAAACUGCAGAUAAAAGAAACAAGGCUGUGCAGGAAAUGGGGUCUGUGUUCCCUCGAAGACACUCCAGGAAGUAUGCAGUGAGAUCCCACCUGGAUAAACCAAGCAAGGAUCUGGAGCAAGAUCGGUACAACCAACAGCAUGCAUCCCACAUUCAGACAACCAGCUCUGUGAAGAAGGUUCUGGAAGAUAACAGGAGGUCAGACAGUGAUUUGAACAGACCCAGGAAGUGGUACUACGAAGACUGCAAACUUAGGAGCCCAGACAAGAAGCAUCUUAGAAAAACCCUGAAAGCCCAUUUGGACAAGAAGUUGAGGCAAAUCAAGGAGGGCAGGAUUCCCGUGAGAGUGCGCCGGUCCUGGAUUUCUGCAAGCCUUGCCCUUCCCAAGUCUGACGCCCACACAAAAUCCAGAAAUCUACUGGCCUUGAAGGGGCAGCACUCCGGCGUGAACACGUCCCAGGAACUUGACUUCCUCGACCCCCUCACUCGACACAUGUUGGAAGCACACAUUAAAAGGCUUUGGGCGCAGCAUCGGUGGGGCCUCGAGCACCUCCAGAACCUUGAGCCCCUAAACGUCAACUCAGAUGCAGCUCAGGUUUUACUCCACCCACAGUGCACCUCGCCCUCCUCCGUUGCCGGUAAGUCUGAGGCCAGUGUGAGAGCCAACACGGCCAGGUUCCUGGGAGACCCUCAGAAAGGCGCAAGGGAGAAGAUGAUGGCAAAAAAAUCAGUUCCACCCCUGGAGAAGCCCUUCCCUGCACCCUCACCUGCAUGUAAGGAAGUCCGGAGGGCUCUGGGAAGGACCCUGUCCUGCAGCACCAGUGGUUUCUCGGAGGUCCCUAGGACAAGGCAGGAGGCCAUGCCUCUUACGGAGCCUCCCGCUUCCAGCUGGCUUGGCAGAGUCCAGCAGAGCAAGACCGAGCAAGGAACUGGGAAAGGCAGCUCGGAGGUGAGAUCAAGUGCAGCAGUGGCCAGGGAUGAGCCCCAGCAGGAGAGCAGGGUCCUGGCCUCACCAGACCCCAGCCAAUUGCAGAAGAUCAAAAGAAGCUCCCAGCCCGCAAAGGCUAAAGAAACCAGGGAGGCUUCGGAGGACCAGAAGCACUCUGCUUGGGAAGUCACUGUGGGAGCCAGCGUGAAGACGUUCUCCCAGACCAUUGACGUGAGUCUCAGUUUCAAGUCUCAGGGGACCGGUAAGUGCCCCCGACCCAUGAGGACUGCAGCUGGCCGCACUGCAGGACAGGCAGGCCAAAGAUCGCAGGUUGUCAAUGAGGUUGAGGUCAAAGUGCAGUUGGAUGCAGAGAGGCAGCCUCAAGGCCAGGUCGCUGGCAUCAAGCACCGGGACCGCAGCCCCAAGGUGCUCCCCACCGCAGACAUCUCAGCCUCUCGGGCCUCUUGGACCACUUCCCAGAGAACAUCCAGUAGCAAUGACUCAGCAUCCCCGGGGCUUCCUGACCAUCCAUCGAAUGCAAGGAGCAGCCAGGUGCAGCAGCAGCCUAGAAUCUCAAAAAGCAAGGCCCAGUGCAAGAGUGAGAGCAACAUAAGUCCUUCCGACAGGAGAGAAGUGUCUGGGAGGCACGACCCUGUACAGCGGGAAGAGAGAGCAGCAGGACCAAGGGCCUCCUGGGCCCACGGCACGGCCCACCCUGCCUGGGAUAGGGAAACAGGAGACACCCUGGGGGACGAGUCCUCACCAUUCCUGACAAAGAAGGGACAGGCACCCCCAGAAAGCCACAAGGAACACAGAACAAGGCCAUUCGUGCAGUGUCCUAACCCCAUCAAAAAGGGCACAGGGCGGAGAGACACCCUUCCAGGAGGCAGGCCUGCAUCAGCCACCGCCUGGGACCAGGGAUCACGCGUGGGCAGGACGUGCAUGGAGAGGAGAGACGCCGAGGCCCAGGCGGUCAUAACGGUUGUGGGCAAGAUCAUGUUGGACCACCUGGGGCUUCCACAUGGACGUGGCAUCUCAGAGAUAGACUGGUACACAGUGGAACGCCAGGCCCCGCUGCGGGAGCGUUCCUGCUACCACAGGGGUCCUUCCUACACACAGCAAAGCAGAGCAGGCACAGACACAGCCUUUGGUCACCAGGCCACCCCUCAGGGCCUCAGCUGUCCUGUCAAGAGCAGGUGGCUCAGAGACAGGGGCAGCAACUGGGUCUCCCCACCCAGGGAGCCUGCGUGCCACUCCAGCCCAGGCCAGCACCGACCGAGGGUGACAGGUGACUGGGGUCGGCCUGUCCACUGCCCCAGGAACUGCCUUCUUCAAAGAGGUGCCUCCUCUCCUCACACACAGCAUGCUUCUCAAGGCUAUCCCAGUGGGAAAAGCUUUCUCUCAGAAAAACGCCAGUUUCUGCAGAGAAAACCCGCUCAGUCUUAUGUCCCCACAUCUUUUAUGUGACAAUGGCUCCUUUCUACAAAGAUAUGCAUUCCUCCCCAAUACACGUGUCUUCUCAUCACAGGCGUGGCUUCUGUCUGUGCUGUGCCGUGCACGGGCAUAGGGGAGUGGUCAGCUGCUGUCCCUGAGUGUGGCUUCGAGAAGGGACAGGGCACGGAGGGAGGCUGACACUGGUGGUGCAGACCCAGCCUCACCCCAGCUUCCCUCACUGCGCCUUGACAACGUGGCAGUGUCACCCAUCCCAGCCUCUGCCUCCCCGCUCUCUAGAGGAGCAGCAAACACAGGACCUGCAGCUUCUAUGCAUGGCUGGGAGCCACAGGACAGCUGCUGGGGCCAUGCUGCCCCUGCCCAUGGUCUUGCCCAUGUGGGAGACAAAUUGAGAUAAUAAAAGCCAGGAAGGAGGCAGAGAGACACGAGGGUGCUGGGAACAAGGGGCCUUUGCCACCCUAGAGCCAGUCUCAGACCUAGAAGGAAGAGACCCGAGGGCCAACUGGCUUCUCCUGUGCCAGAACCCCUGGCCCACCUGCUCUGCCUCCAGACCACAGGCCUGGAGAAGCUCCCUUUAGGUCAACACAGAGGCCCAGACUCAAGAGGAAGCACAGCCUCACAUAGGGAAGAUGAAUUCCUAGCAGCCUAUUUCAGAAGCUUGCUCAAAAUCGCCUCUUGAAUUCCUGAAGGAUGAGUUGACGACAGAGGGGAAACCAGGUCUAGGGGGCUCUGAUGCGUCCCAUGUCCUGGGGGGCCUGACACCUUGACACCAGGACUUCUCUUGGACAGAGGUGGGAACAUAGACGUCUGCAGGGCUUUGGAUACACUGAGUCUUGGGAGAGGGGGAGCGGGCCGAGACCCAUAGUGCUUUCCUGCACGAGUCCUGUCUGGGCCCCAUGACUGACAGGCAGCCUCCAGGCUGUGUUCAGCAGCAAGAGCAGAGCUUGGACCUGGGAGGGGCUGGGCUGUGAGGCCCAAACAGCCUGCUCCCUGGAAGCAAGAUAUAUAGACCCUGAAAGGCAGGUUCUGGGAUGUGGCAAAACUGGAUGAGGAUUCCAGGGCUCAUUCAGGCAAAGAUAGCGACAUCGAGGGAACUGCAUGAAACAGGUGGCAGCAACACCUGCUUAGCCUUGCCUAACUUAAAUAUGAUCGGAACACUUAUCAGCCUGCAGUUGGACAAAACCGUCUAGCACUAAAACUGUUCCAUAAUCAAGUGCUGACUGCCACAUGUAAUUUGUUGCAUACUGUACUGCAAGGGACAAGCAGGGAGCUUGUAUGUAUGGAUUUGCUUGUGCACCAUUGUUAGAUCAACGCAUUGCAAAGCUGAGUUGUCUGUGUUCUCCCCUGAGUAGGAGGACAAGGAAGACUCUCAGUGGAAGUGGGAGGCUCAGAGGAGCAGCCCUGGGAGA